CCAUUUGUACCGCAUAGAGCCAUAUAGAUAGAUAGAACAAAUAUUGGCCACACACGAUGGCAUAGGGCACAAAGCAAUAGCACAACUGAUGCCAACUCUAGCAAAGAAAACCAAAAUUUUCAUCCUGAGUGCCUAUCGUUUUAAUUACUUGUCCUUGCUGCAGACCGCAUUGAGAUUUUGCCAAGUUUUCAUUAGCCAGCAACCGUAAGCUGUAUGUGCUUCGUAUAUCUGCAAUCAAAAUUAACAAAAGCUACACUUUGAACAUGACUCAACCACCCACUUUUCACCUCCUAAUUCUCUUGACAUUAUCUCUGUUUCUUCUCAAGAAAUGGCCUCAUUUUCUCUUGCAUUCUUCCCAGCAUUAUCUCAGUCACUUCCACAGCAAAAACUGGCUAGUUUCAGCUCCAUUCAAUGCUGUAAGAACCCAAAGGAAUCCACUGAAGUCUAUACGAAUGGGCAGGUUAGUUUUCCUGAAAGGAAUCCUCUUUUGUUGCACUCAACAAGAAUUCCACCACCUAGGCCUCGCCGGAUAAUACUUGUUCGACAUGGAGAAAGCGAAGGAAACGUUGAUGAAAGUGUGUACACAAGGGUUGCUGAUCCAAAGAUUGGACUUACUGAGAAAGGUAAGGCCCAAGCUGAAGAAUGUGGGAAAAGAAUCAGAGAAAUGAUUGAGAAAGAUGGAGUUAUUGAUUGGCAGGUUUACUUCUAUGUGUCGCCAUAUAAAAGAACUCUUCAGACAUUACAGAAUUUGGGUCGAGCUUUUGAGCGUCCAAGGAUUGCUGGCAUGAGAGAAGAACCUCGUUUAAGAGAACAGGAUUUUGGAAAUUUUCAGGAUAGAGAGAAGAUGCGAGUUGAGAAAGCUCUUAGAAUGCUCUAUGGUCGUUUCUUUUAUCGGUUUCCUGAUGGAGAAUCUGCAGCUGAUGUUUAUGAUCGAAUUACUGGAUUCAGAGAAACGCUGAGAGCAGACAUUGAUAUUGGACGAUUUCAGCCGCCAGGGGAAAGAAGUCCCAACAUGAACUUAGUGAUUGUGUCUCAUGGCCUCACAUUGCGAGUGUUUCUAAUGAGGUGGUACAAAUGGACUGUGGAGCAAUACGAGGCCCUCCACAACUUUGGCAAUGGAGGAAUGAUGGUUAUGGAAAAAGGUUAUGGCGGAAGGUACACCUUAUCAAUGCAUCACACAGAAGAAGAGCUAAGAAAGUUUGGAUUGACCGACGAAAUGCUGAUUGAUCAGGAAUGGCAAAAAACUGCAAGACUUGGCGAACUAAACUAUGAUUGCCCUACGAUGAAUUCUUUCUUCACCCAUUUCGAUGAUGAGGGCUGUAAAACAUGAUUCCUAGGAACAUGUAUUACUCAUCAACUCAGCGUCCUGCAGCGAGAAAAGCUGAACAACAUCAAAACAGGCUACAAUGCAUUGCAGAGUUGGCUAACAGCUCCAGAAGAGCAGACCAUUUUUCCGUGGUGAAACAUUUUAUAUUGUGUAAAAAAAGCCCAUGGAAGGUAGGCAUACUUUAGCAGAUCAUGGCUUAAGAUUUGUAUGCUUUAGAGAUCUUGGUUUGGAUUUGUCUAAUGCUGUGUAAAUCCUGCACAUAAGCAAAGGGAUGCCAACUUUGCCUUGUGCUUGGCAAGUCUCUCCCCUGUUAAUUUUACCUACUGGUGUUGGUAAACUUUUGUGUUAUCAGAUACAAGCAAUGAUUUUGGCUUGUAAGAGACUGCUGAGAUACUCAACUCAGUUAAAGAAGUGGCUAUAAAAAUGUUCUUUUUAUUUGAA